GCUUCCAGGUGGCUGCUGUUGGUCCGGGCCGCUCAGGCAACUCGAAAGCCACUCUGUUUUGGGGUCCUCGCCACCCUUCCACGUCUCCCGGAAGAGUAGCAGGGCCGUGGCGGGGCCAGGACCAGGCUUACUCAGCCGGGCCCUCUCGGCUGCUGAGGUGGGGGGCAGCCCAGGAGGGCGACAAGACAGCGGUGCACCCGCUCUAGAGUCCUCAGGUUCACCAAUAGGAUUAUUCUGCUACCAUCAUGUCUUGGUUUGCUGAUCUUGCUGGAAAGGCAGAAGAUCUUUUAAAUCGAGUUGAUCAAGGGGCUGCAACAGCUCUCAGUAGAAAAGAGAACAGCAGCAACAUCACAUAUAACAAAAAUGCUGACUAUCCUGAACUUCAGCAAAAUACGGAUUUGACUUAUCAGACUGGAUCCAAAGCUACAUAUAUUUCCUCAGCAGCUGAUAACAUAGGAAAUCAGAAAGCCACUAUCUUAGCUGGCACUGCAAAUGUAAAAGUAGGAUCUAGGACAUCAGCAGAGGCUUUCCAUCCUGUUGAAAACGCAUCUGUUCCUAGGCCUUCAUCCCAGUUUGUUCGAAGAAAAAAGUCAGAACCUGAUGAUGAGCUGCUGUUUGACUUUCUUAACAGUUCACAGAAGGAACCCACUGGGAGGGUGGAAAUCAAAAAAGAAAGGAGCAAAACACCUGUCCUUCAGAGUUCUCGGACAGCAGGUGUCAAUUCUGUGAACACCAGCCUAACUGCCGUCAAAACCAUUGAGGAAAAUCCUUCUGGGAGCCAAAGAGAUGUAAUGUCUAAUAAUUCAGAUUCUGGCCAUGAAGUUCAAGAGGAUUCUUCAAAGGAAAAUGUAUCAUCAAGUGCUGCCUGCACUGACCACAACCCAACACCUACUCGCGAUGGCAAAUCACAUGAACUGUCUAAUCUUCGAUUGGAGAAUCAACUGUUGAGGAAUGAAGUUCAGUCUUUAAAUCAAGAAAUGGCCUCAUUACUCCAAAGAUCCAAGGAAACUCAAGAAGAAUUAACCAAAGCAAGAGCAAGAGUUGAAAAGUGGAAUGUUGACCAUUCAAAGAGUGAUCGAAUAACCCGAGAGCUGCGAGCCCAAGUAGAUGACCUGACUGCAGCGGUGGCUGCCAAGGACUCGCAGUUGGCUGUGCUGAAAGUGAGGCUGCAGGAGGCCGACCAGCUCCUGACCACGCGCACCGAAGCCCUGGAAGCCUUGCAGACUGAGAAAUCACGAAUAAUGCAGGAUCACAGCGAAGGUAGCAGCCUGCAGAACCAAGCUCUGCAAACUCUUCAGGAGAGACUGCAUGAGGCGGACGCCGCCCGGAAGAGAGAGCAGGAGAGCUGUAAACAAAUGCAGAGUGAGUUUGCUGCACGCCUUAAUAAAAUGGAAGAGGAACGUCAGAAUUUGGCAGAAGCAGUCACUCUGGCGGAAAGAAAAUAUGCGGAGGAGAAGAAGAGAGUUGAUGAGCUACAGCAGCAAGUCAAAGUGUACAAGUCCAACUUAGAGUCCUCUAAGCAGGAAUUAAUUGACUACAAGCAAAAAGCUACUAGAAUACUCCAAUCUAAAGAAAAAUUGAUUAACAGCUUAAAGGAAGGAUCUGGUUUUGAAGGCCUCGAUAGCAGUACUGCUAACAGCAUGGAGCUGGAAGAACUUCGGCACGAAAAGGAGAUGCAAAAGGAAGAAAUACAGAAGCUCAUGGGCCAGAUACAUCAGCUGAGAUCCGAAUUACAGGAUAUGGAGGCACAGCAGGUUAGUGAAGCAGAAUCAGCAAGAGAACAGUUACAAGAUCUGCAAGACCAAAUAGCUGGGCAGAAAGCAUCUAAACAGGAACUGGAGGCAGAAUUGGAGCGACAGAAGCAGGAAUUCCACUACAUAGAAGAAGAUCUAUAUCGAACAAAGAACACAUUGCAAAGCAGGAUUAAAGAUCGAGAAGAAGAAAUUCAAAAACUUAGGAAUCAGCUUACUAACAAAACUUUAAGCAACAGUAGUCAGUCCGAGUUAGAAAACCGACUCCAUCAGCUAACGGAGACUCUCAUCCAGAAGCAGACCAUGCUGGAGAGUCUCAGCACAGAGAAGAACUCUCUGGUCUUCCAGCUGGAGCGCCUUGAGCAGCAGGUGAACUCUGCCAGUGGAAGUAGCAACAAUGGGUCUUCCAUUAAUAUGUCUGGAGUUGACAAUGGCGAAGGCACACGGCUCCGAAAUGUUCCUGUUCUUUUUAAUGAUACAGAAACAAAUCUGGCAGGAAUGUAUGGAAAAGUCCGAAAAGCUGCUAGUUCAAUUGACCAGUUUAGCAUCCGCCUGGGAAUUUUUCUCCGAAGAUACCCCAUAGCACGAGUUUUUGUAAUUAUAUAUAUGGCUUUGCUUCACCUAUGGGUCAUGAUCGUUCUAUUGACUUAUACACCAGAAAUGCACCAUGACCAACCACAUGGCAAAUGAACUGAACCCAGUUACUUCAGUGAUUGGUUGUCUUUUUUCACACUUGGGAUCUGCAAAAGGACCUGUUGCCUGAAAUUGCUGAGAACGGUGCACAAGGUUAUUUCAUCACUACAAGCUUUUAACUCGUUAAGUUAUUAUACAAUUACUCUGCUACCUAAAUCUUCCUCUCAUUUCCUUCAAAUGGUAAGAGUUUCUAAAACAGACAGACAAUAAUUUAAUAAGCUCAGCUCUGCUUUUUCUGAAGUCAGAGGUUCAGUGUAUAUUUGUGUACACAUAGACCUGGGUUUGUUCACCUCUGUACAGACCAUCCUAUUUUAGGUGACACACAUUAUGGGUUAUAAUCAGGGAAACUAAUUGUAUUUAGUGAUACAAAUAAAAUGUUUUC